AUGCGUAUGAUGCGUAGCUCGCAAGUUUUGGUUGUCUCAGUAGUGCCGUCCUUGUCCGUCAGCGUGUCUUCACUCACUGUUAGCGCGUUAUGCGCGCCUGACACGGCCGCGCCACCAGAACCGGACAAGAAUUCCAACUGCACAACCUCCCAGACGUGUGACGUCACCACCCCUCUCCUCUACCCCCCUCCCCACGUAGGAAGAAACGCGUGUCUCGCGCGCAACACGCACACUAACACCAACUCACUCACACUCAUACACAAGAGCCUUAAAGACAUACCCAACACAGAACCCAAACCGCCACCGCAAGAAGAACAAGUGCUAUCUGUGGCUAGACCCACUCAAAAUUCCACUAGAAUGCUUCUAGAAAACUCUGACAGACUCAACGAAAUCCGAUCCUACCAAAGACCGCUGGAAUACGUCCCCAAUGACGUCAGUUCUCAUGAAGAAAAGGCGCCCAAACAAACAAACUUACUCCAAGAAGUGAAGGUGGAAAAGCCAAAAUGGGGCAUCAGAAGAUUCUUCGAUCGACUCAACAAAAAAAUGGAUACAGAAGUCAAAUUGGUCCCCGAAAGUUCCAAUACGAAAACUACCAUAAUUGAAAAGCAAAACAACUAUGAUCGACCUACAAACCUCGUUCUUAAUCAAGACAGAAUAUACAGCUUAGAAGGACCCUGUACGCUAUCGCCUCCUAACAGAACAUUAUCUCCCAAUAUGAUGAUAGAAUCGGAUCUGAAUCGAGAAAACAACGUAUUCGGAUUCAAAGAGUUACCAAGCGAAAACGACCCCAAAAACCAGAAUCAGAUAUUCGCGGUUAUAGUCCCUAAAGCGAAACCAUUAGAUGUCGAAAUGCGAAAGAGAGGCAGCACGGAAAGUAUUAAUAAGUUUAGGACUUCAAUGUCUUCUCAGAGCAUUUUCAAGUCCGGUCAUUCUGAAUCCGAAGAUUCCACCGUCAAAAAAAGGUUGAGCUGCGAUAAUAGGAUCAUUACUUCCAGCGGCAGGUCAUCCAGGGCCAGUAUAAACUUGGAACUCCAAUACAUAAACGCCCAGACCGAAAACUACAGCAACGACAGUCCAUUCGAUUUAAAUUCGGACUGCUCAAGCAGCGAGGACGAACACCUAAUGCUGCUCUCAGAGAACGGUGUCUCAAAAAUAACUAUGCAAGCGGUACCGAAAAGCGACAUCGAAAAGAAAAAGUUCCAAAACGAUGUACUAAAAGAAGCGAGUCAAGUCACGGACUUUGGUUUCAAUAAAUUCCAUAAUAAGUACACUAAUUUCGACAACGAAUUCAGCGAUCCGAAUGACAAAGAGAACAGUGUUAAUGGCUAUAGUGGCGACAAUCCCGUAUACUUAGCUGCUUUGAAUGGGGAAAUAGAUACUUCUGAAUUGAAGUUCAUUGAGGGGGAAAGGGAGCCUAAAUCGCCGAAGCCAUCUUUGAAAAACUUGACCAUUAAGAGGCAGCAUUCUUUGGAGCAGGUUUCGGAGAUAUUUUCGUCGUCUGGGGAUUUGAAUCUGCAGAAUCCCGCGGGUAGGGUAAAAACUCCGGGAGAUUUACCAGUGGCGGUGAGGCGUGCAAGGAGAGAUAGGGCAUUACAGAAAGGUAGGGCUAGCGAGUGUAAUAGAUUGAGCUUGUAUGACGAUAGAAUGAUGUUUGGCAAUAGUCUUUAAAGUGACGUGUGUUGGUUGCUUAGUCAGUGACUGAUGUAUGUGAGGGAAGGUAGACAUUUACAUAAUAAUAUGAAGUGACAGCAUACAAAAGACAAUGCCGGAAAUUGUCGUCUUUUUUUUUUC